GUGUGGAGCAGUCUCGAGCAGCGUCUAUCGAGCGACAAGAUGGCGCGCCCUGGGCUGUGGUUGGCGGUGGCGCUGUGCAUCUCUGUGCCGUGGCUGGGCGCCUGCGAGGACCGCAACCCGCGGGACCAGUUCUACGACGAGCUGGACCGCCUGCUGGGCAUGCGGCCGGCCAAGAGGGAGGCUCGGCGGCCCGUGGUGUCUGCGGGCUGGCCGCGCACGCUGGAGGGCCUGGGCGAGGUGAGCGGCGUGUCCGUGGACCCCCACGGAGACCCCGUCAUCCUGCACCGAGGGCCGCGACACUGGGACGCCGGGGCGUUCAACUCGACGACGCACUACCAGCGGCGGGCCGAGGGCCCCAUCGCGGUGGACACCGUCCUGACGCUGGACGCGCACACCGGCCAGCUCAAGCGCUCCUGGGGCGGCGGGCUGUUCUACCUGCCGCACGGCCUCACCGUCGACCCCAGGGGCCACGUCUGGGUCACCGACGUCGCCCUUCACCAGGCGCUCAAGUUCGCACCGGGCUCCCCGGAGCCGCUCAUAGAGGUUGGUACUCGGUUCGAGCCCGGCGUGGGACACUACCACCUGUGCCAGCCCACAGCCGUGGCGGUGGCACCGGAGCCCUCGGCUGAGGUCUUUAUCGCGGACGGCUACUGCAAUUCGCGCAUCGUGGUGAUCAACUCAAAGGGCCGAUAUCUUAACCAGCUGCCUCGCUUCGAUGUUUUCGCUUCUACUGGAAAUGAGUUCUUGUCGCUUCAGGUGCCGCACGGCUUGGCGCUGCUGCCCCACCGAGACCUGCUGUGCAUCGCGGACCGCGACAACAUGCGCGUCGUGUGCCCCAGGGCCGGGCUGGUGGGCCGCACGCCGCCCACGCCGCCUUCCACCAUCCAGGCGCCGGACAUGGGCCGCGUCUUCGCAGUCACCGAGACAGGUGGUCUGCUGUACGCAGUGAAUGGGCCGACCUCUCCGAGGAUACCUGUCCGGGGCUUCACCCUGGAUACGGACAACGAGUCCGUCGUCGACCGCUGGGGAGCAGAAGAGGGCCUAGAGACGCCGCACGCGCUGGCGGCGUGCCCCAACGGCAGCGCCCUCUACCUCAGCGAGCUGUCCCCGCCACGGGUCUGGAAGUUCGAGCUGCGGCCGCUGCCGCACUUCUAGCUGGCAUCUGACCCGUCCCCGUGCCCGUCUCUGCCUCCCACCGCCCAACACCUCGACCCCUCAGCGGCCAGCUUAAAACUCCACCACUCUCGCAACUUCUCCUCACUCGACAGGCCGGCUACAACCGGACGUGACCAACUGCAACGCACAAAAUACCUGUAACGUUUCGGGAAAACACCGUCAACAGUAACUCUUUUCCUAAGAUUUCUUCCCUAUUAAUACACAAAAAUUCGGGUUUCUUAUAUGGCGUAUUGCUGACGAAAUUAUCUCUCGUUAUCAGUCGAAUAACACCGACAGCUCGAAGCAAAAUUUCGCCAUCUUUUCUACUAUUCAUCUUCAGGAGUGCUGUAAAUUUCGGCUGCAUAUGUCGGAUAGAUAACUUCUCGAACUGUUGCUUCAAGCUGACGGUGUUAUUUACUGGUAGACCAAAACUUCUCCCCAGUGAUCUGCUAAGAAUGCGUGCAUUCUACUACGAUGUAGUCGUUAGCGGUUUGAUGUUAGAAUCCUGUAUCUUCUUUUGAUUACACAAAUUUUGGAAAAAACACACGUUGGAUGUAACAGCAGCAAAUAAUUGCCAUUUGACCGCGCAGUGCUUUGCUUUGAGAAUGAAACCACCCCAAAGUGAGCGAAAGCUUCUGUCGAAGUAACAUCAAACUUGAGUAAUCCUGCGAAAUGCGAUCGGAAAAUGACCUAGUUUUAGAGAACAAACUGGAAGUUUGUGUCUGUACUACUGGCUGUGACUUUCGACUGGGCGUCAAAGUCGCAAGAUAAAACACACGAUUUUAUAAUUUAUCGAUUCGACGCUUCACUGUAUACGGAAUCAUGUGUUACAGGGAGAACGAAGUAUUGUUUUUAAGAGGUAUGUAUUUGUCACAACACAUAUCUCCUAGAGCGUACACAAGAACAAAGUGAAUGCAAAAUUGGGGAAUAUCAACCAGGUUCCACACCACAUGGAUCUUGCCCAGAACAAAUUUUAGUUAUGAAACUAUUUCUGAGGUUACUAAAAAAUUUGCAGUAAGAAAGUAGUCUGUAUCUUCGUAGAUUUCAAAGAUAACUCAAUGGACUGUAAGUCUCUCCUCCAGAUUCUGAAGUAACAAGUUCUGGAACCCAAAACCACUGCAGUUAUUAGUGAAACACUAAACAGCACAAAAAUCUAAGGUGAAAUACAGAGCAGAAAUUUCGGAACAUCAUGAAGUUAAAAUUGGAGUGAGGCAGGGUCAUGGGCUCUCCCCAUUACUUUUCAACUAUGUCUUAGAAACAGUAGUCCAAGAGCGGAGAUAACUGAAAGUACAGCUUCAAAUUGACGAACCAAUCAAAUAAUGAAGAACCAGUAAUAGGACAGACUGCUUAGCUUUUGCUGAAGGUCUGGCGAUUCUGUGUCUGAAAUAACUCAAAAACCAAUACAAAUUCUUAAAGAAACAGCAGAUAGAGUAGGGGUCCAAACACCAUUUGAAAAAACAAAAGAUAUAUCUAGCAACUACCUGCGAUCCAAAAUUCUGUGUAUCAAAUAUAAGAAAAAAGAGAGAGUGUCUCUGCUCAAAUACUUAGACGAAACUAUCCAGGAAAUCGGUCUGAGAAAGAAUGGAAAUGAAAUUCUUUGUCACAAAAUGGAAACAGCUUUCAGACUUAAAAAAAAAAAGAAGUUUUUCGAAGUACAUCAAGCUGAGGCUCACAUCAUACCAGAUUGUUUAUAUGGGGAUGAAACACAAAGAGGGACACGAAAAAAGAGAGGACGAAAAGUAAUCAGGAAAAUAUUAGGAGCCCAUGACACCGAAGAAAGAACACAUUUUACACAAGUUUUUGACAGUAUUAACAGUUCAAAAUUGUACUAAAUUGGGCAUUUGUGUUAAGUUAAGGAAGUUAGUUGAGUUAACAAUGGGCACAAGACAAAAGUAAAAGUGAACAAGAAAAUGACCAAGAACUUUAAGAAUGGAUUGAAAUAGGAUGAUGGUGUAUCUGCAGUCCUUUUCAACUUAGCGCCACGUAGUCUGAUACAAAAAAUAUACAAGAGAGAGCAAUAGUGAUGAAAUUGUUUCAGAGAUGUGCUAUUGUGACAAUAGAUAUAAAAACCCUUAAAGAAUUGUACGGAAUAGUGGAAGCAGAAGGAGCAAAAAUUGAUUUUACGGUAAACGAAAACAAGACCAAAUACACGGUAAUGUCCAAUUCUAAGGCAAGAAGAACACCACAUGGUCUGAAGGCCUUUAAUGGUUGUUUUAAAGCUGCCAGCUGCUUCCAUUAUUUAGGUGUCCUCUUAACCAGCAAUAUGAGACAACGCAUUAGAGAAAGGAUAUAAAGAGACAGCCUAUUAUGCAAACUUACAGAUAUUCGAGGAUUUCUUAACUUCCAGCCGAGUUACGAAUAUACUAUUCCUUUAUGCGACCAGUUGUUAUAUAUGGAUCAGAAAUGUAGACGAUGAUAGAAGCAGAUAUGAACAACCUACGGGCAUGUGAAAGGAAAAUCCUGCGAGAGAUUUUUGGGCCCGUGAGAGAGGCAGAGGGUUGGAGAAUACCCUGCAAUCACGAAGUAUGAGAGCUUAUACAACAGAAAGAUAUAGUGAAAAUUGAUAAAACUCAAAGAAUAACCUGAUUAUGACAUAUGGAGAGGAUGACAGAUGAGAGAAUGCCGAAAUGAAUAAUGAAAGGCAGAUUGUAUUCCAGAAGAAGGAAGGACCAACCAAGAGCUAGAUGGCUGGACAGCGUGUUGGCUGACCUCAGUAAGGUGGAAAUUCGAGGAUGGAAGAGAAAAGCAGAAAACCUGUAUCGAGGAAGACUGUUGCGGAAGCCGAGACCCAUCAAGGGCUGUAGGGCUAAAGAAGAAGAAGAAGAAUUAGAAGAAGAAGAAGAAGAAGAAGAAUUAGAAGAAGAGGAAGAAGAAUUAGAAGAAGAGGAAGAAGAAGAAGAAUUAGAAGAAGAAGAAGAAGAAGAGGAAGUUGAAGAAACACGCAAACAAAGAGUAAAUAAAGACGUUAAAAAUAUUUAUUCGAGUACGAAAAAAAAACAAGUUAUAGGGGCAUAUUAAAGGACUGGAAGCCGAGACCCAUCAAGGGCUGUAGGGCUAAAGAAGAAGAAGAAGAAUUAGAAGAAGAAGAAGAAGAAGAAGAAGAAGAAUUAGAAGAUGAGGAAGAAGAUUAGAAGAAGAAGAGGAAGUUGAAGAAACACGCAAACAAAGAGUAAAUAAAGACAUUAAAAAAUAUUAAUUUGAGUACGAAAAAAAACAAGUUCUAGGGGCAUAUUAAAGGACUGGAAGCCGAGACCCAUCAAGGGCUGUAGGGCUAAAGAAGAAGA